AAAAUCUGUUGUCGUUUUCAUCUCUUUCAUGUAUUUAAAUAGGCAAUAAUAUUUAAAGCAGGUUGUUGCUUCGCACAGUCAACGAGUACCAUUUUUUAAUUUGUGUUUGACGAAAUCAAAGCAACCUCUACUGUCCAUCAACAUACAAUAUUCUCAUGUUAUCUUGACUGUGAUACAGUUUAUGAAAUGUGUUGGUAUGUUUGUGGCAGCUGGGCUCUAUUGGAUAUUUGUAAACGACGAAAGUAGCUACUAUGAUUGGCGAUAUGCAUAUUGGCUGCAAGGGAUAUUCCUAAUCGUUGUGCGUAUCUCCUUUUUGCAUGAUCCUUCAAAAUUCUGUUCAAAUGCAAAUUUUAUGUUCUACAUCAUAGCAACUGAUCAACCGGCUACUUUUACCCUCAUAACAAGAGCGACGAGAGAAGCUGCCAUAGAAACCAAGAAAAGAAUCGAUAAUGGUAAGAAAGAUACUGCAGGGUUUCUUGCUCAUUUAAUAAUAAUUAGUUCACAUGAUGCCUUCAUGAAGAUGUUUUUUGCACAAAUCAUUCGGGAUACAGCGAAAUCCCUACUGAUGGUGAGCGAAUUCUAUCGCAAUCGCCUUGUCAUGCAAAGAUGCAGUAUUAGGACAACGAACCCACGGCUGAACAAUACCGAGCUUUUUUUCCAUAGUAUAAACAACGGAGUUGGACAGGUAUUUCGCAGUACUUUUCAAGCGGUCACCCGCAUGGAUUAUCGUAAACCGCUUGUUUAUUAG